AUGGGCAGAGAAAGAGAAACAGAUUGGUUGAUUGAGGCUUGCCCAUACUUCUUCUUUAACAAUAGUUCUGAAAGUGAGAAGGGCAAAGAGAAACUAGAGCCGAAGUAUAUUAGCGUUCGUAACGACCUGCUACAGACUUACAUCGACCACAAGCCGGUGUUCGAACUCCAGGCACUUUUUGCUCUGCAGGCGCUUGUGACCAGGCUUGGACACCCACAGGGUCUUCUCCAGGGUUUCUUUGAUAUUCUAUACGACGAGGAUAUAAUCCAUGAUGAUGCAUUGGUUGAGUGGGAGAAGAGCGGGGACGAGCCGGAGGGGAAGGAGACGGCCCUUAAACAAGUUGUACAGUUCUUUAAAUGGCUGAGAGAGGCCGAGUAG